AGGUAAUGCAGGGAGGAGUUCACUUCAGAAUCACUGGCCAGAGUGAAGAAAGCAGAUCUGGUUUCUGUAUCACAGAUAUACUUUCUAGUGCAGAUUGAGUAGAGUUGCUUCCUUGUUAGAACAAUCUGCUUUGUAGGGGAAAAAAAUGAGGCUUCAAUCAGGGGGAACCUUGGUUUCCUUGCUGCUGUGUUUUUUGGGUGUACAGAGCUCCAAAGCUGAAAUUCUGUGGACAGCCAAUGUAAAUCUCUCCUAUGUGUUGGACAACAGGACACUGUUUGAGGAGGGAGAGAUUGGGGUCUUUGGCCAUGACUCGCCAGUGGACAGAGCUUUUGGACUGGUGGCUCUACCAAAAAAUCAUAGGAAUUCAAAUUUUUAUGCCUGUACAUCCAAUGUGAACUUCAGUAUUCCAGAGAACUGGAAUGGACCUUGGAUUGCACUUAUACAGCGAGGAGGGGGCUGCACCUUUGGUGAUAAAAUCAAUGCUGCUUCUAUGGUGGGAGCCAGAGCAGUGGUCAUAUACAACAACAAUGGAGAUGACAAUGAGGUCAUUGAAAUGUCUCAUCCAGGCACAAAAGAUACAGUUGCCAUCAUGAUAGGAAACCUGAAAGGGAAUGAAAUUGUAAACUUGGUUCGUAAUGGCUUUCAAGUCACCAUGUUGAUUGAAGUGGGAAAGAAACAUGGUUCUUGGGUAAACCACUAUUCCAUCUUCUUUGUGUCAAUUUCCUUCUUCGUUGUCACGGCAGCUACAGUGGGUUACUUCAUCUUCUACUCGGCUCGCCGGUGGAGACACACACGAGCUCAGAACCAAAAGAUGACACGGUUGAAGGAUGAAGCAAAGAAGGCCAUUGGUCAGCUUCAGCUCCGCACCAUUAAGCAAGGAGAUAAGGUACUUGGACCGGAUGGAGAUAGCUGUGCUGUGUGCAUUGAAACAUACAAAGCAAAUGAUGUUGUGCGUGUUUUAACAUGCAACCACUUCUUCCAUAAAAACUGCAUUGAUCCCUGGCUGCUUGAGCACAGAACAUGCCCUAUGUGCAAGUGUGAUAUUCUGAAAUCAUUGGGAAUUGCGGCUGAAGAAGACGAAUCGGAUAAUGCUAUGGUGAUUGCCUCUGUGUCCAAUGAGCUGCAGAGGAGCGCUGUACAGGUAGAUGAUGAGACCCGCAGUGAUAACGCAUCAUCUGGAUAUGCCUCUGUUCGAGGUGCUGAUGAGCCAGUAGAAGACCCUGAAAACAUAUAUGAGAAUGCUGAGCUUGUUAGCAACGACUCCUCAGCAAUCGCAACUGAAGUUCUUCCACAUGCAGACAACCCAACAUUUGAAAGUGAAAACCCCUCCCACGUGCACAAUGUAAAGUCAUAAACUGAAGGACAUGAAGAACCUGGCUUGUCUAGCCUAAGUGAAUACAGAGUUUUAGUCGCACAGCUUUUUUUUUAACAGCAAAGCAAAAAAGUUGAUUUGUAAACCAUGUUUUAAUCACAGUAACCGACUUGAAGAAUGCAGAAGCUGGAAAAUCAUAACAUAUAUUUAAUUUUUUUGUUCGUUUUUUUUUUUUUUUUUGUCCCUACAUAUUUUAACUCGGGUUUAUAUAGCUCAGAAAAAACAAAAUCCUAUCAGAGUUGUAUUUUAAUAUAUUCACACUAAAUAGUUUAUAUUUAAUUAAAAAUACAUAUAUAUUUGUCUUUUAUAAUAUCAGUUUUUGAAGCAGUAGAAACCUCAAUGAGGCCUCUUUAAUAAUGUAAACAGCAAAGUGCAGUAACCAUAACCAACCUUAAUUUUUAAUUUCCUUGGCUAUACUAUGUUAAUGAAUAUGAUUAGUCAACAUUGAGUGCAAAAAAUCAUUGCUGACACUAUCUUAGACAUAGGACUGUAAUUUAAUGUAAUCUACUUUUCGCUUUAAUGUUUCUUCA